ACGAAACUAGUGGCACCAGAGCCAUUAGCUCCUGUAAAGCUUCAACAAUGGCGAGGCUUUGGGUCACUCUGUCUACCCUGACUAGUAUGGUCAUUGCAGUUUUUUCGCUUGAGCCGUUCCAAGUUGUACUCGAACCUCCAACCAUCCAGCUCGGUGUGACGAGAUCUUUAAGCGUGAGCUGUAACAUCUCGGCCACCCAGCGGCUGAACAUGUCCAGCCUCAUGUCCAUCAUCAUGUCCUACUCCGACGUGUCUCAUCACGUGGGCUACGUAGAACUCGUCUCCAUCACAUCGUUUAACGCGCCUUCCCCCCUCAACACAACUCACCUGGGGAACGCUGUCAUUGCCGGUAAAAUCAACAACACGGGUAGUUCUUACUUAAGUCUGAACUGGGAAUUCCCGAAUCUAAAUAAAACCGGGAUGUAUAAAUGCGAGGCUCAUGGUAUGGAUACAAGCGGUCACCAUUUUGUUGAAAACAGGAUAGCUCUGGUAUCCAUUGAUCACCCGGAAACGGAUAAAGUCGCUGCGGAUCUGCAAAGUGCUUCAGUGCAAAUGGAACUAAUGAAUGCUAAAAUCCAGAUCUUGCAAGAGAAGUCACAACGCGAUUCAAUUCAGAUAGAAGAAAUGAAUGCUAAAAUACGAAACUUGCAAGCGGAGUCACGAAACGCUUCGGUAAAAUUGGAACAAAGCAAUGCUAAGAUCCGAACCUUGCAAGCAGAGUCUGAAGAAUUAAAGCUGUUUAAAAAUAAUUACAACCAACGAAUGGAUCAGGUUAAAACAUCGAUGUUUACAAUUUCAAAUAUUCACAACGGCCAUCGAUACCUUUUAUCAGGUCGAUUAGCUUCAAUCGACCCGUCUUCAAGUCAAGCUGUGUGUGAGUUUUUCGGGGGUUACCUCGUCGAAAUCGAUACGGAACAGGAGCUUUACUUUGUCCGAGGGUUCAUCAGAACAACAUCACACUACAAUCUGAUCCUGACCGGGGGAACGGACGAAGGCCAUGAGGGGACCUGGACCAACAGGCACAGCAAAAGAGCUCUCGGCUACGUCAGGUGGACAAGCGGCCAACCCAACCAAGGCACCGCCGCCAACUGCAUGUACCUGUGGGGCAACUCCGACUUCCUGAUGUGCGAUGACAAGUGCAACUACUUCGAUGACGACUUUGUGUUGGGCUACAUGUGUGAAGUCCCGGCUUAAACUCGCAAUUUACCCUCUCUCAACUGCGAAAUCAGACGACGGAAACUUUGACGCUCACUUCAAUUACAAACUCAACAGAUGAACUGUUGCCUCAUUUAAAGCUUACAACAAAAGAUAAAUAUUUGUGUUAAUCAAAAUAUCAAAAAUGAUGAACCGCAAUAUUACAAUGCAUAAAAAAAUGUUUUCGAAAACUGUAAAAAGCUCAUCAAAGAAUAAAUAAUUAUUUGCUUUAAGCUUUGGUGGAAAAGAUGUAUAACAGUAGACAGUUUUUAUUUUUUCGCUAAUUAAUCACACAAAAAAAAACGAUGAGAGUCAAUUCAACAAUUAAAAAAAAAAUACCAUUUAUUUUUAUUGAAAACUGUAAAAGAAUUCAUCGAAUAAUUAAAUAAUCAUUAGCUUUAAGCUUUGUAAGAAAGAUGCACAACUACAGAAAAUCUAUUUCUUUCUUUAUUUAUUUAUUUUACUAAUUAAAACACACAAAAAAUUAUGAGCGUCAUAUUAACAAUACAAAAAAAAAACUUUUUGAACAAUUUAAACACUUCAUUAGAGAAUAAAAAUAUCAUUUGCUUCAAGUUUUGGUGGACAUUUAUUUUGCUAAUUAAAACACACACAAACUAUAACCGUCAAUAUAAUACUAAUACAAAAAUGAAAACACUUUUUAUUUAAAUUGAAAAUCUGUAUUAAAUAUCAUUUGCUUUUAACGUGGAGUGAAAAGAUAACAUUUUAAAAAUUAAAACAUUUUUUUUUUUACAUUUUUAUUUUCAUUUAACGCAAUGCGAAUAGGAGGAAUUUAUCUUUAAUAGACGCAACAAAGUAAGAUGUAUUUUCAACAAAAAAACGUUUUAGGUGAUUAACCAUAUUAUUUACACUGAAAAUGUUUGUUUUCCUUUCAAAAAGUAGUAAUUUAUUAGUAUUCUAAUUGAUGGUGAUUACGCUUUUAUUUUACUAAUUCAAGAAUGAUAUAGUUUGUAUACAUAUUCCUUUAUUUUAAUUUCUUUAACUUUUUCAAAAAAAAUUUCAUAAAUUUUAUUAAUGUAUUUUAUACACACAGUAAACUUUUUAGACAAUGUUUUCAAGAAUAUUCUGUUCUUUUUUAAAUUUUAUAUUUAUAUAGUAUUUCCCAAAAAGUUUACACUGUGGACUAGAAAAUCUCGAUUUAGCAACCAGAAGUCAAUUGGGAGAGGGGAAGGCGCUCUCCAAAAAAAUGUUAAUAAUUUGUUUCUUUAAUUAACGCCCACCCCCACCCCCCUCCAACCUGUUUCAAAUAUUUUUAAUAAGUGGUCAUACACAACUAAAAAAUUAGAUUUUUUUCCAGGCUUGUUUCCGUUUAUUACAUUUUUAAGAAUAAUUUUAAAAUAAAAAUAAUAAUUUUAAUAACAUUGUCAUAACUUAUUUAACAUAGAUCUGUUUCCUUUUAGU